AUGGUCCUCUUAAUCUCCGAGUCGAUGCUGCUUCGCAGCGCCGAAGACUGGCUUAACAUGACCUUCGGCGUGCGGCCGGAGGAUGUCGCGACAUACCACCCAGUCUUUAAGGACGCGCUCCUAUCGUCCGUGCGUACCAAGCUUCGUUACCCGGGCCUUCCCUCGCCGCAUUGCCCCGCGAACCAGACUCUCUGGCCCCUGCCCGCGUCGAUUACUGUCGGAUCGCAACCAUCCCGAGCCGCCGAUUCCACUUUUUCGCUCGAGCGAAAAGAGUCGCAUGACGAAGUAUCGUUACAGGCAUCCUUCUCGAGCCCGAAGGGCUCCGGCAAUCUCGAGAAUAUCUCUGAACCUGUCUCGCCGCUCACGCCGCCGUCGCCCCAGACCCCCACCUUCUCUCCGCCCGUCUCUUUCUUCUCCCCGCGUCUCUCCGCGCCCUUCCGCCCGCUCCUCUUCUCCCCGUUCACCUGCGGAACCUCCUCCCCACCCGUGUCCCCCUCCACCUCAACGUCCCGCCACCACCCUUCCAGCAACGACAUUCUAUUCAAAUCCCAGUCCCAGGACCUCCCCACUCCCGCUCUCGAUCCCCCAGAACCGCUUCUGCUGACGCCUCCGUUCCUCACGCCGCAUGACCCCGACGGUCCCAGUUCAACGGCGGCUGGGGGACGAGCCGGGGGGGUGCGCGCUUGCAGGAAUACAUGGGGAGAAAGCGCGGAUGAAGGGGAAUCCACUUCGGGAUUUUCUUCCGGGAAGAGUUCCUCUGGUGGCGGCGGCGGCGGGCGGAAGGUGCGCGGACCAGUAGGCCGUUUACUAUUCGAUGAUGAGGGGGACGGGGAGGAAAGGCGGAAGUGUGCGGGGCGGAAGGAAGUAGAUUUGGAGGUGGAUUCGAAAGAAGAUCCCAGGUCGAGGAAUUCGCAGGCUGCGGAGGGCAAUCCGCAAAGGAGGAAUCUGUCCUGCGAGGUAAAAGUGCAUGCGGGGGGUGUGAGACUCACGAGGGACGACUGCGCGUUGUCCGCAUCUUCCGAGUCUCCGUUUUCGCCGCGUGCACCCGCAGCAGACGCAUCGGCGGCAGGGAAAGCUGCGAACGGCCGUCCGCAGUUCCCGGGCGGGCACGUGGCCGCAGCGGAUAGGUGCCGGGUGCUCGCGGAAGAGACGGCGCGACUGGAGGAGGAGUACGAGGUGGGGGAGUGGCUGGGCAGCGGGCACUUCGGGUGCGUACGGGUGUGCCGGGAGCGGCGCUCGGGCCGCCUGCUGGCGUGCAAGUCGAUCGACAAGUCGAAGCUCAGAUACUGGGAGGACAGGGAGGACGUGCGGCGGGAAGUGGCGGUGAUGUGCGUGGUGGGCGCAGGCGGAAAUGAUGCGGAGAAGGCGGGCGGCGCGGGGAAGACAGCAAAUGGGGGAAACGAAAGUAGCGGAAGGCGCAGCGGAGGGAAGCAGUGCGGAGACGGAAAAGGGGGGUUACGGGAGGCGGAUGCUGACGGGGGAGCGGCGGGCGGAGCGGAGAGUGGAACGGAAGGCGGAGAGGACGGCGGAGCGUGGGGCGGAGAAGGCGGCGGGUGCGUGCGGCUGCACGGCGUGUUGGAGGACGGCGCGGCGGUGCAUCUGAUCAUGGACCUGUGCGCGGGGGGCGAGCUCUUCGACACUGUCGUGUCGCGCGGGCGACUCGCGGAAGACGAGGCCCGACACGUCAUGGCGCAGGUGGCAGCAGCGGUGCGGCACUGCCACGCGCUGGGUGUGCUGCAUCGCGACCUCAAGCCGGAAAACAUCCUGCUUCAACUCCACCACUCGCUCACUCCCUCCCGCCCUCCCUCCGCCAACGGACCCACCCUCCCCUCCUCCUCUUCCUCCUCUCCCUCUUCCUACUCCCCUUCCGCGUCCUCCAACGAUUUUGCCGAUUCCCCCUCGUCCGCGGCCUCGUGCCACCCGCUGCCCGCUCAAAGCAACGCUAGCUCCGCGCGCCGCUCGCACCCGUCCCUCCUUUCCCCCAACAUCCGCGUGAGACUCGCGGAUUUCGGGCUCUCCGUGUUCCUGCCCCCCGGGCAGCUAGUAAAAGGUUUAGCGGGCAGCCCGUACUAUCUGGCGCCAGAGGUUCCGAGCGGGUGGUACGGGUUCCCGGCAGACAUAUGGAGCCUUGGCGUGGUGCUGUUCCUCAUGCUGUCAGGACACGUACCGUACUAUGGGCAGACAGACGCGGAGAUUCUAAGAGCCAUUGCCGUGGGGUCGCUGGAAGGGGAAGAGGAGGAGGACGGGGAGGGGCAAGCGGAAGGGGAAGGGGAAAGGGGACAGGUGGUGGGAGAGGUGGGGAAGGUGGAGAGGAAAGCGGGCAGGGGGAAGGAGAGGAAGGGGGUGUGGAAGAGGAUGUGUGGGGAGGAGUGGGCGGGGGUGAGCGAGGAGGCGAAGGAGUUGGUGGCGUGGAUGCUGAGGCGGCGACCGGAGGAGAGGCCUACUGCACAGCAGGUGCUGCUGCACCCGUGGAUGCAAAUGAGAGGCACGGGGGGGAUAGGUGCAAGGGAGGAUGGGCAGAGUGCGGGGGCGCGUGUGGAAGAGGUUGGUGGAGGGAAAGGUGCAGGAAACGCAACUAGGUCUGCGCUGUCCCCGUCCCCUUUACAAGGCGCUGCGAUACAAGGGUGUGUUGAGCCGCCAGUGCUGCACGCCCUGUUGGUUUGCUCCGGUCCUGAGCUUGGAGAAGAGUCUAGUGGGGUGGCGAGCGGUGCAGGGGAAGAGAGAGGGGUGGAGUGGAGUGGAGAUGUGGCUGUCGUUCAGGAGGAGGCAAUGGUGGAAUGGAGUAGCGGGGAGGUAGAGCGGAGAGGGGAGCAGGAGGAGUUGGAGGAAGCAGAUGGAGGGGAGGAUAUUUGGGAGAGAAUUGAGUUGUCGGAGAGUGACGGGGACAGCUGCAGGAGCAUCAGCAGUGUAUGUGUGGGUGGUGGAUAUGCGAGUUGCAGUGCUGAUGCAAGUGAAGCAACUGUGGUGCAGGACUCGAAUGGUGACCACAGCAGCUGCCUCGGGGAAGAAGAGUGGCAGGAGCAGCAGGAGCAGCAAGGGCGGCAGCAGGGAGAGUUCGCCAAGAGCAGCGGUGGCAGCAGUGGGAGCAGUGGUGGCAGCAGUGAGAGCCGCCGUUGUGGGAUGGGCGCAGUUGCCACGGUCGAGGGAGGUGUAGUGGCGGAGGGUGCAGUGGUGAAGGGAGUGGUGGACGGAGCAGUGGUGCAAGGGCAGACACAUGAUGUGGGAGGUAAGGGAAUUGGGCUGGAUACUCCAAGAGGAUCAGCGUGGCUGGGUAUUCUGCCAUCGGAAAGGGAUUUGUGCUCUCAAAUGGAGUUUGUUGAGAGCUUCUAUUUGCUGCUGUAG